CCACCCUCAAGGACGAAGAUGUAGUGCCUACCGAACUGGUGACCAUAUCUGACACGUCUCGCACGGCCUGAUGACUCCCACCCGAUGGAAUAGUGCCAAUCGAUGACGCUCUAUCAUCGAAGGAGUUGGGAGACCCAAAAUUCAUGCCACUGAUGUCCUGCACUACAGGAGGGACAGGUAGGGCACCGAGAGGUAUCUGCCACUGAUCCGAGGUAUCUGAUGACAUGAUACUCUGGAACAGGUUCUCUGAGUCGGGCCAUAUCAGGGCAAAAUCAAGGUCUGAGGCCGUAGCCUGCAGGCCUGACGCCUGAUGAGUACCAGAUGCCUCCCAGGUUUGGCCUGGAGGGCAAGCUGCGACCACAUCUUCUGCUGGUGCUCGAGGAGCGUCCCAAGGUAGCGUGUCAAAUGAAGCCACUCGGGACACAGGCAGUGAUUGCUGUGACUGUGUCUGCUUGGUGGCUGCUGCACGGCUGUGCAAUUUCUCAUGGCGGGUCAAAGCAUCUUGGCGCGCAAAUGGCCUGCGACAUUCUUUGCAAACAAAUGGCUUGGAUCCGGUAUCUUCGUCAUAUCAGUCAUCCAUCAGCUCCUGUAUCGUAUCUCUUGGCAUAUCAAUCGCCUCGAAGCGACUAGGGAGUCCUUACGGCAGCGUUCAUGUCUCUAAGUGCCGGCGUUAAUAGUGUCUCCACUGACGGGGGAAGAUGCGCCGAAGCGAUUAGAUAUUACUGACCCUCAAGUGUUCCGCUUUGGUGAAAGCCUUUUGGCACGCACCACAUAUAAGAGGCUUCGAUGGCGUCGAUUGUGGCAUAUUGGGUGUCUAUCAAGAAGAAAAGAGGCAACCCAUCAAUUAAUCCAUAGCCAUUCCAGACCAGAACCUUGCUGAAAAUGAGGAGUCCGGGGGGUGUGGAGGGCAGUGCAGAGCAGGUACUACUAGAAGCGAGUGUGGGCGAGUGUGGGAGAUUUUGUGGGGCGGCAGUGGCGAUAUCUGCCGACAAAGUAUCCGAAACACCUGCCGAGAUCAAGCCUCAAGCCAGGUCUUGGAAUGGCUGCUUGGCAGUAUCGGCUACGAGAUUCGGGCUCCGGAAGAGGAUUUUAUGCUUCUAUUCCGUCGGGAUCGAUCCCGGAUUCCGUUGUAUGGCUUUCACUAUCUAGUGAUUCUCACCGUGUUCACUGUAACCCUGCAAGUGACGUUGAAGUUCGAAUGUGGGUGGCACCUGCCAUUGCCUAUCUUGCGUUUAAUUUCAACUUUCUUCUUGCUCCUAGGCACCAUAUUGGCCACUGUGGCAUCGAUAGUCGCUCCCCCAUCGGCAUUGACGCCCCCUGUUUACUGUUGGAAAUCGGAUGGGGUGGGAUCCAUCUUCUGGCUCAUGGCCUUUCCAACCGUGGCUAGAAGCCAUCUAACCGAACUUUUGGAGCCAAUGAACCGCGUUUCGAAUCAAUCGUUGACAUUUGUUGGCCACUGGCCUGCGUAGAAUUGCUCGGAUUUCGUUCCAACCUGAUCCAUAGCCUCGUCAGCGUCGGUGGUAUUGAUCAUUUUGGACACACGGCAUCCACAAUUGUUGCUGGUUUUUUCCAUCUGACUCGGUAACGCCGUGGGGACUCUGGAGAACCCCCAUCGUGUCACGCUCUCCGCGAGGUUUUCCCCAGCGGUGCCCAGGCACUCCGUCUCUUGUCCUUCCUAUAUCCCCCCGCUACGCAAUCGUUGAGACAACAACUACUUUGACCUUCAUCACGGAGGAUACCCUGAAGACACGAUUUCAGUGACCUUCGCUAUCCUCUCUUGAUAUGCCUAACUCCAUGGAGAUGCAACCAACCUCCGCUGUUGAAGACGCUCCAGAUAUGGAGUCUCAGCAGGCGUCAAAGAAUGGUGUUGACCUCGUGGAGAGCACAGAGGCUGGAAUUCCUUCCAAGUAUCCCGACAUAAUGGCAAACCGUCUUUCAAAGGCACACCGUGAUUUCCUCAUGGAACGUCACGGUACCUUGGAGCUGGAUCCUGUCCCCAGCAUGGACCCUGCGGAUCCUUAUAACUGGCCGUUCUGGAAGAAAAUUGCAAACCUCGUUCUAGUAGCCUUCCACGCCUGCAUGGGAACAUUUGCCGCAGCCGGUAUCAUCCCCGCUUAUGAAACGAUUGCCGAAGAAUUUGGCGUUACACUCCACCAGGUCACAUAUCUUACAUCGCUUCAAAUCGCCAUUCUUGGUGGUGCACCCUUGUUCUGGAAGCCUCUUUCCAAUCGAUAUGGCCGACGCCCGAUCUUCCUUCUGUCCCUGCUCUGUAGUUUAGUUUGCAAUGUCGGGUGCGCAAAAUCCACAGAUUAUGCCUCUACUGCGGCGUGUCGGGCACUGCAAGCAUUCUUCAUAUCUCCGGCUUCAGCGAUUGGAAGCGGUGUUGUGAUGGAAACAUUCUUCAAGAAAGAUCGUGCGAAGUAUAUGGGUGUCUGGACCCUGCUACUUACGCUGGGUAUCCCUUGCGGACCCUUCAUUUUCGGCUUCGUGACUUACCGUGCGAGUUAUAUCUGGAUCUAUUGGGUUCUGGCCAUUAUCAAUGGUGUUCAGUUCAUCCUGUAUCUCUUCCUCGGCCCGGAAACUCGGUAUAUCGGGAACACCGCGGAUCCUAAAGAGCCUGCGUGGAAGAGAGAGUAUGUUCAGAUUCGACGGAUUGACCCAACACCUCUCCAAUGGAUUGAGUUCAUCAAGCCGUUGGGACUGUGUAUGAAACCCUGCGUCAUGGUUCCUGCUGCUGCGUACGCGAUGAUCUUUCUCUUGAGCAACGUCUUGGCCACCGUUGAAGUGCCCCAGCUGCUCCAAGGAAAGUUUGAACUCAACGCAGAGCAGCUCGGUUUGCAAUUCUUGGGCCCGAUCAUCGGAUCCCUCAUCGGCGAGCAGCUGGGAGGCCACAUGUCCGAUCUCUGGAUGAACAUGCGCGCGAAAAGGAUGAACCGGAAGCCAGAGCCCGAGUUUCGACUCUGGCUUAGCUACCUGGGUUAUACUUGCUCCAUUGUCGGUAUCAUCGUUUUCCUUGUGUGCACCGAACAUGCCAAGCAGGGCCAGUGGAACGUAGCUCCCAUUAUCGGCAUUGCGAUCGGCGCUGCUGGUAACCAGAUCGUGACCACGGUUCUUAUCACGUAUGCGGUGGAUUGCCAUCCUGAGGAUGCUUCUAGUGUGGGUGUUUGUAUCACGUUUGUCCGUCAGAUCUGGGGUUUCCUCGGUCCGUUUUGGUUUCCGGGUAUGUUCGAGAAUGUCGGAGUCGCUGCAAGCGCAGGUGUCUGCGUGGCACUCAUGGUUGGAGUCAGCGUCUUCCCGACCAUCGUGUUGCAGAUUAAGGGACGCUCGUUCCGGCCUGCAACAGAAUAGUCAGUAUCAGGAAUUCGUUCCCUGUCGAGAUGGCAACAGGUGAACAUGUUGGGAUUGGGUCUCGGUAUACGGUAUAGAUCGCACUGUUAGAUUGGUAGUCGGGUUAGAAUGGAAUAGAGGGAUAGUCGAUAGUAAGGAACACGAAAGGAUUUCGAGCUUGAAGAGCUUUCACGAAAACGG